GAAGGCUUUUUAUAACAUUUCAUACACACAAUCCGGAGCUUCAGCAAUGUAUCGUUUCAUUGUUGGCAAUUUUGGCAAAACUCUACUCAUUGUUGGCCUUAUAUUUACAUUUAUAUUUGUCAACCACAAUUUAAGCCUUGUGGAUAAUAAACAAUUUACACAAUUCACACGAUAUCAUGAACAUUCACGUACGGAGUCAGAAAUACUCCGGGAGGAAUCCAUGACAAACUCCUUUAAGGUCAAAGAUGAGUUUAAGGUAUUUUCUUCCCAAUGCAAGAUACCGAGGUCAGAUCCAUUUUCGCUGGAUAGCAUGCAAUAUUUUGAUCCUCCAGAUUUUAUGGAAUGCACAAAUCAGUCGGACCUUAUUACAGUUCAAUAUGAUACUGAGCGAAGACAAUAUAGGCUGCUCAUCAAUGAAGCUUUAACCGAACUGAUUCCCAAUAUUUCGGACUAUGGCUGCACCUAUAAAGAGAUUGUUCGUGGAGAGUAUGAUCUUGUUUGGACAUUACCACCUAUCGCUUUUAAGCAGAACUUGUGGGUUCCACGUCACAUUCGGGGUAUAAUUGUAGAGUGCCAUGAGCUGAGCAAUCCCUCCCAAGUAAUACAACGCGAUGCCUUCGCAUUUGUACAGCAUCCGGUUGAUCGCAAUGACAAAGCCGACGAAGAACGCAGUCGGUCUCAUCCAAAUGUGAUAAUCAUCGGCAUCGACGCCAUGUCGCAGAUGAACUUCCAAAGAGCCAUGCCACUAACAGCCAAGUUUGUGCGUCAGACGGGAUGGUACGAGAUGCUUGGCUAUAACAAAGUGGGGGACAAUUCACUGCCGAAUGUUUUAGCUCUGUUGACAGGCGGAUCUCCGACAGAAUUGACUAAAUACUGUGAUAUAAAUACUCCAAACUGCAUGGACACAUACAGCUUUAUAUGGAACCAUUAUCGCAAUGCUGGCUAUCUAACAGCUUAUGCCGAGGACUUGAGCACAAUUGAUACCUUUCACUACUUUCUUCCAGGUUUUAGGCGGGAGCCUGUGGAUUACUAUUUGCAUCCAUUCAUGAAGGCCAUCGAGCAAAACAUGGAUAAGGUGCAGCAUUUGGGAUACGAAUUCUGCGUGGGUCGCAGGCAAAGCUAUCGAUAUGUUUUGGAUUAUAUUGCUCAGAUAGUUCGACGAUUUGUUCAGGAGAUGCCGAAGCCUCUUUUUGGUUUAUUCUGGAUGAACAGUUUCAGUCACGACGACUUCUCGGGGGCAGCCAGUGUGGAUACGGAUUUCGUGAGCUAUCUGGAGCGCUUCGAGUCGCUUGGAUUGUUUGAAAGAUCUAUAGUAAUAUUGCUUAGUGAUCAUGGUCAACGAACUGGUCCACUAAUGGACUUGCCUUCCAGCUUCCUAGAGGAACGCCUACCUAUGUUUCACAUCUAUCUGCCACCUUGGCAUCGUCAGCAGUAUCCGGAAGUUGCCCGAGCUCUUCACUUGAAUGGCCAUCGCCUCAGUUCGCCAUAUGAUCUGAAUCUAGCCCUUAAGCAUCAGCUGCAGAUGCUGCAUCCUCGAAUGAAAUUUUAUCAACUGAAAUGCCCUCUCUGUGUAUCUCUGUUUGAGGUUCUUCCACCCAAUCGUAGCUGCAUGGAGGCUGCUAUUCCACCCCAUUGGUGUACCUGUGAGCCGCACAAACAAGUAACGCAAACCGAGAGGGUGCUGGAGUUGGUCAGACUAGUUGUGUAUCGGAUGAAUCAGUAUCUGAUCAUAAGGAAUCAUAAAAAGCAGUGCUAUCAUCUGAAGCUCCGAAAGCUCUUGCUAGUCGAGCGUAAACAGUUCUUCAAUGACAAAGGAUUCGAGGUGCAAUCUCCCGAUGGACUUGACACAUAUCGUUUUAAGUUUACUACCGGACCGAAUGAUGGUCUUUUCCGAGCCACGUUGUCCGUCAAUAAAGACGAUUCUCUAGUAGUUAUACAAGAGGAGUUUAUCACACGCCUCAAUUCUUAUCAAAAGGAUGCGUAUUGUAUUCAGGACCGACAUGCCAAGAGGUUUUGUGCUUGCCUCAGAAAUCAAGCCCAUGCAGAUGAAUACAAAACUUUCAUAUGAAAACUGUACAAAUAUGAUAUAGAAAGUACUUUUACUUUCUACUCGAAGUUAUUUCCAAUCAGCUUUCAUCACAAAAACUUGUAUGCAAUAUUACCACCUAUAUUUCAAUAAUAUAAAUGCGAUUAUGUUUACCUUCA